CUGGCGGCUUGGGGAAGUGAAACGGCUGCUAUCAGCACCAGGUGACCUGGGCAAGAUGCGAGGCGGCUGACCUGACGGUACAGGUAUGACUAGUAGGUGGCAAAAUAGUAUCUAAUGAGGCACGGUGAGUAGUCCUUGUACAGGGCAGGAACAUUAGGAACUGGAAGUAGCUGAAGCCCGAAACGACUGUGGGCUCACUGCCGGUACACGGUAACGUGAACUGCGACACAACUUGUGCAGUGACAAGUGGACUGAUCGGGACUUCUGCGAGGAAAGGGCUAUGCCAACUCCUGCUGCAACGGAUAGGUAAUUGCAGACAGUUUACUUUACAUCAUCUAUUUCCAGACGAUAACUCCUGCCCAGGCCUGGCGUACUUCUGUGCAAAGGAAGCGGAAUGACCGCUUAUAUGAUCAAGACGGACAUCAAGUACCACUCAAUGGCAGAGGAGGAUGUGGACGGCACGGAACAUGGAAAGGCAGCCCAGAGUAGCCAUGCCCCACGGUGGGGACCGCAGCAUGCAGGUGCACGUCAGCUGGCCAAGCUGUACUCCCCCGGAAAACGACUACAAGAGUGGAUUUCUGUCACACUCUGCAUAUGCCUUGUUGGAGUCAACAUUUUUCUUCUUUUGAUACAUUUUUGCAUUGAUCACAUCUUCAAAGUUGUUGUUAGCAUAGUUGCUGGAAUUAUUACGGCUGAUUUUGCCUCAGGGCUAGUUCACUGGGGAGCUGACACCUGGGGUUCUGUCGAUAUUCCUGUGAUUGGCAAGGCAUUUAUUAGACCAUUCAGAGAGCAUCACAUUGACCCAACAGCUAUCACUAGACAUGACCUUAUAGAGACCAAUGGUGAUAAUUGUAUGAUUCCAAUUAUUCCACUUACAUACAUGGCUUAUAAAUUCCUCACUUAUCCACCAGAACAUGUUUAUAAGAUAUAUCCUUGGGAAUGUUAUGUGUUUGCAUUGGCUGUUUUUGUAACAAUGACAAACCAGAUACACAAAUGGUCUCAUACUUACUUUGGACUGUCACGCUGGGUCAUUAUUCUACAAGAUCUACACAUUAUUUUGCCAAGGAAACAACACCGGAUUCAUCACGUCGCCCCUCAUGAUACUUAUUUUUGUAUCACUACAGGUUGGCUUAAUUACCCUCUGGAUGUGCUUGGAUUCUGGAGAAAAAUGGAAGCUAUUUUAGAAGCUUUGACAGGACUGAAACCUCGAAGUGAUGAUAUGAAGUGGGCUCAACAGACUGAGUAGAAAUACUGCAUAUUUUUGUGAAACAGAAUAAAUAUCUGUACAAAAUGUAUACUAAGAAAGAAAUUUCACACAGUUUGUAAGAGAUGUUAACCAAAAUUUGCAAAUAAAAUUCGAAUUCUAAAAUCUUA